AUGGGUCGACUGCGCCCACCUCCAGGUAGGAAUAUGGCGGAUGAAACGAAAGGCCCGGAACCUAACAGGUACAGAUACUAUAUCACGAAAUGUGAUAAAUAUCGCAAGGAAUGCCUUGAUCCCUAUUGCUCGGACUGCACCUUGGCGACCCGUGAUACCUGCAAGCAUUGCCUACCUGGCAAGAAGGGUGAAGAAUGUGUUUGUAAGUGUACUGUUUGUGACUGCGGAUGUGAUAAAAAAUGUAGUGAACGCGUCCAAAAACCUUGCUCCGAGAGCAGUUGCGAGCGCUGCAAGAUAAAAUGCCAAGGCCGAGAAGCAGGUGUUAUCUGUAUAUGCCAUAAUGGUAAAUGUGGAUGUUGUUAA